AUGAGAAAGAAGAGAUGUGGAGAAGAAGGACAUAAUGAGUAUAAAAAAGGUCUGUGGACAGUUGAAGAAGAUAAGAUCCUCAUGGAUUAUGUCAAAGCUCAUGGUAAAGGCCAUUGGAACCGCAUUGCCAAAAAGACUGGUCAAAAUCUCUCUCUCUCCAACUUGUGGUCUUUGAUAGCUAGAAGAGUUCCAGGUCGAACGGACAAUCAAGUGAAGAACUAUUGGAAUACACAUCUAAGUAAAAAAAUCGAGAUCAAAGAUCAAGCAAUCAAACCCAUCAACCAUCAUAUUAUCAACUUGGGGAAUAUGGCAGAUCCAUCCGAAGAAAGAUUACUGAAUGUGAAAUUCAAUGAUAAAAAUGUUGUUGGAGAUGAUAAUUCGCUUAUGAGUACUGAAGGUAUUGGUCUUCUCCAUCAGGGCAAUAAUUAUACGAGUUCGUCGCUUUGGGGUCAUCACGAGGAUGCUUUUGAGCUUAGCACACUCACCUACAUGAUGGAUUUCAGUGAUGGGCGUUGUUAUUAAUGUUAAUUUUUUCAUUGGCUGCAUUUAUUUACGUUUAAAAGUUAUUUCUCUUUCUGUAUAAUUUUGGUGGCUUAAUUGAAAGAUGACCAAACACUGAAACAUCAGCAAUCUGAUAUUAAAAGUUGCUGAUGCUGUAGUGUUUGAUUAGCUCAUUUAGUUAUUUGAGUGUGUGUGAUAUUGCUUUAGAACUUUAUGUAUCACUAUUCACUUUAACCGAAAGAAUAUCUGUAUCAUUAUCGACUUAAAGUGCAUGUUUUUGUUUUUAUUUUUUUCUGAG